AACUGACUGUGUCAAAAGAAAAAGCAAAAAAUAUAUAUUUAAUGUAACUAUAUUCCUCUACAUAAUCAUAUUUAGUUAAACCAGCCUCAGCACCUGAUUUAUUUACCAACAUAAACCUUUAAGUCCUCCCUCUAUUACGACGUCCACCAUGAUAUUAAGAACCUUUUUUCUUCUGACUACUUAAUCUUUCAGUGUUUGCUGCUCUUAAUACUAAAACCGCGUGAUUUCUCUUGCCAAGACCAUAAUCAGUGCAUUAUUGGUUCAAAGUGCUUUAUAAACAGUUUGUGGAUUGAUAGAGGAAGCAUGUGGUGAGCAGUGAUAAUUCUCUGACGGCGUCUGAAGAAUUUAUUUUAAAUCGGAACGGCGUUUUGACUGACGGGUAACACAAGCCACGUUUGACCAGAUAAAUCCACGCCCGCCAUCAUCAUCACCGCUUCAGCUGCUGCUGUUAUCUCAAAAGCUUAGACAUAUACUGUCCUCUUAGUCUGCGCUGUGAAACACUGUUGACACUUUGCCUAUCUCCUUCUUCCAGUUGCUUGCAUUAGAGAGGCCUCUCAGUCAUUGUCAUCUUGUUUCUUCCAUAUGUUGAGCUUGAUUACCAACAUGAAAGCCCCCUUUAUCAAGUCCCAGUGAGCUCUUGAGCAUUCUUCUUUUUACUCCUCAAAAAAACAUGCAAUUUUAAACCUUUCACUGUACUCAUGUUUUUACGUGAAAGAAAAAUAAUUUUAUCUUUCGAAGAAGAAAAAAGCGCAUAACCUAAAGCCAUACUGAACACCAGCCAUACAGAUAACUUUUACACUUGCAAAACCCCUCACAGCUUUUUAGAUUUUUGUUUUCUAAAAAAGUGAUCUUCGUUGUGGUGCACACACACAUUCAGGGAAUCCAUGAGGAAACUGUUUGUGAAAAAAACCCAAAUUUCAUGGAAGAGGAGCUUCAUAAGUUUGCAUUUUUUCUAACUGCGUUUUUCUAGAUUCUCGGAAUUGCCUGCGGCUUCAAAUCGUGGCAGCGACAGUGACCACGUCGAGUUCCUGUCUGCGUCCCGUGUUCCUCUGCAUUGACGGAUGAAUCCAGACUGUUUCAUGUCUGUUCUGUGGGCAGAACCUCGCUGCCCUGCUAGAACCGGGCCUAAGCCCUCUUUUGUUCUCUUCUGUUGGGCCAAGCUAAACUCAGAGCAGAGACACUCGCGCAAGGGUAUUGAACGCACAUAGACCCGUACUUUUUUUUUAAAAUAAAGUCUUCAGCUCCUGUAAGUCGUCACCAGCUUCCGUUCUGAAUGCAUUGACAUUCCAGUUUAAUGGACCGAUCUUUUCCUUCCAGUAGCUGCUGGAAGAACAAUUUCCUGAAAGUCUUGAUGCUGCUCAAUGCUGUUCAUUUGCAGUAAAUUCAUUCAACACAUCAUAGCUGACAGUUUUUAAAUUUCAGUGUUUAGACCAAACGUCUAAGCAUACAUACCUUUACUGAUUAUCUUCUUCUAAGUUUUUUAAUACAGUUAAUUAUGGAAAUUGAUAGAGUGAUGUAGAAGAUCUACAAACUGAAGGAGCUCGUGCCAAAUUCAAACAGAUUUUCUUUCAGCUUGUUCGCCAAACAAAGCUGAGAUCUCUGAAGCUGCCAUCACUGUUGUUUACAGACACAGAGCCUGAAAUAAAAUUAUUUGCUUUCCAUGUCUGAUUAGUAUUUUUUUUAAACACCGGACAACAGAAGUGCCAAACAUCCAGAAGAAUAGAUCCAGCAUCAGUUCGAGCGAUUUGAAGUUUACAUACACCGCUAAAUGUUUACAAUCCACCGUUUCCAUAGCAGUUUCUUAAGGGCCAACCAGUGCUCUUUGAAGCAGCAUUCCUGUUGGUCAUUCUGUUAAGAGUUUACAGUUUUCCUCAACCUCUUUUUUGUUUACUGUAAAUGUGUAAAUACUGACACUUUGAAACAUUUUGAGUUUUGGCCAAGGGGGUAGAAAUGCCACUCUGUCAGUCGACAGACCUAAACUAAUUAUUCAGAACUCAGUGCCAUUCAACACAGUCAUAUUGUGUAGUUUUUGUUGACUGGUUUAUUAAACUGUUUUACAGGCAGUUUGUGAAGGGCCUAAAAUCUCGGACAGACCUCAAUGUUUACACAAGCUGCUUUUGGGAGGGAUUUGUAUCCAGAGAAAUGUUUACAUUCAGAUGAGCGAGUAAAAUGCCAAACACAGUCAUGAAACAGCUGCUGAACCACACUUGAACAGUGUGCAUCUGAACUAAGAACUGAAGUUAAAACGUUUUCAUCACAAAGGUUUUUAUAAUUUAGCAAGACACCAUCUUGGAGUUGGACUCUGAUAGUUGAUUUUCUUUUCUAAAUCACGGCUGAAUAACUUUGUCCAAGAACAAUGAAUCCCACUCUUUCAAAAAGGAUGAUUUGCUUUUCCAUCAUCCUGCUGCUUUUCCCCUGCCUCCCUGUUUUCACCCUGACGAUUACCGUGGAGCGGCGGGCUGGCGACGGUGAUGCCAGGACGCUCGGCAGUAACGGCUCCGCUGGUAAAACAAGUAGCACCUUGUUUCUCCUUACCGGCUACAAGCCAAAACCCCCCGAAGGAUCCAAAGUGGCACCAAAAGCGGCCGAGAUGGAGGACGAUGAUGAUCCGGCAGCUGUGGCUGAACUCCCUCCGAAACCCCUCCCACAGAGGAUGUUUCCACGGAACGUGACGGAAAAUCCACUGAGGCCUCCACUCAGUGGGGCCCAGGUGGCGCCCCCACUGGUGGAAGGUGAUGUCUGCAGGGGUUACUUUGACGUCAUGGGGCACUUUGACAAUACGUUUAACUGCACCAUGGACACGUACGUCUACUGCUGUGGUACCUGCCAUUACCGGUUCUGCUGCGAGCACCGGAAGAGCCGGUUGGACCAGGACUCCUGCACCAACUACAAUUCCCCAGUAUGGGCCGACACACAGGUUCCUGUCCACGUUCCCACUGGCAACAAGCCCGACCCUGACUUUGAGACGCUGCAGCAGCAGAGCAGCAGUACGGGUUAUGUGAUCGGAGGGGUGAUCUCCUUCACGCUGGUGGUGGCUGUGGGCGUCAGGAUCACCUUCAGCAAGGUGGCGCGUCGACCCCGCAACAGAGAUGUCAACAUGCCCAGAUCCCUGGUGGACAUUUUGCGUCACCAAUCGAGCCCCGUGCAGCAGGGAGAGAGGAACAACGCUGCCAUGCUGACCACCACCACAUCUGACGGGCGCACUUCCAAAAGCCUAUACACCCCCAUCCUGCAGAUGAAAGACAACCGCACUGGGAACUUCCACCACCCUUUUAACCAGCAGGGGUCUGCUUCCAGCCCCAAACACUCUGCUACCAUCGAGCGUGGACCCCGUAUGAACAACACCUCCCAGCUGUCAUCGGGACACACCAUGAUUUCAGGAAGCGGUAAAGGUACCGGAGGGGUCGGCAUCAGUGGGGGUGGCAUCCUCAGCGGGAGCAUGAGACACAACAGCAGCCACCCGUCUUUCUCCCACUCCUUCCAUAACUUGGCACAGCUGCCGCCAUCCUACGAAGUGGCCAUGAAACCUGAACUCAGUCGCUACAGCUCCCUAAAAAAACUGGAGAAAGAACUGGACGAAUACUCGGGUUAUUACAGCUCCAAACGUCGUUCCAACAACGUUCCGCCCUCCUUCUACUCCUCGCAGCACCACCUGCCCUGGGGGGGCGACUACACACUGGGAUCCAGGGGCACUCUGCCCCUCAAUGGCUCCCGUCCACACCUCCUCAUCCCUGCCUCCACCCCGAACCCAUACCCGCUCCCCUCCCAGACGCCCUACACCAGCUCCUCCUUUGAUAGGCCACCGCGCCGUGUCCGCUCCCAGGAUCAGCUGCUGGCCCUCGGGGAGGGCAACACCCUGUCCCGCCUGUCCAAGAACCAGCAGCACCCAUACCACAAAGCCAUGAUGAGUACCAGCAGGAGUUCCACGUCACAGACGCUCCGCAGGUCUCAUGAGCGUCUCCUCGUUUCACCUGACCGUCUGGAGGAUCACCUGAUGACAAUGGGUCUGCCAAUGGGAACGAUGGAGAGAGGGGCGGGAAGCGGGAUGGUUCCUACUAUGGGCCGACUGAGCCACCACCAGAAGGCCCAGUCACAGCAGAACAUAUGUGCCACGCCGUCCAUGGAUCGCCACCACAUGAUCAAGAUGAACUCACACCCGACACCAGGCCAUGACCAUGAGCGCAGCUCCGCAGCUGUGCCUGUCAUGGGGAUGCAUGGUGGCUGGGACUCCCACGGGGGCCACAGCGGAGGAGGAGCAGGGACUAUCGGAGGCCACCCCAACGCCCGACGCAUGGCCUUCGCCAGCAAAAGGCAGAACACCAUCGAACAACUGCACUUCAUCCCCGGAGGAGGAGGGGGGCAGGGACUGCGGACUGGGAGUAAGAACGAGGUGACAGUGUGAGAGGAGGAGAAAGAGAGGAGAAGGACAGAUGAAGGAUGAGAGGGAACCAAUCAGCAAGAGAAUAAAGUAGAGGGAUGAAGAGGAAAUAGAAAUGAGUUUUAACCCAAGCUGGCUGCUCCCCUUUAAAAAACAACAAAAACCAUGGUUGAUGACAACAUUUAUGUCUUGUUAGUAAAGCCAAUUGAUACUCUUCUUGUCACUUUGUUUUGAAAAAGAGAAUAUUCAGCCAUUCUUUGCAAAAGGAAGAAAAAUUUCCUCAUAAAAGAGCAAAAAAAAAUGCAGCUCAGAGGCUGCUGGGUAUUCGCUGUGACUUUUAUUGAAGGAUAUCUGCUGAGUCGUUGAAUUGUUCUUGAGUUUUAUUGCACUGUCCUCUGAGUCCUCGAGUGCUCUGACAGAAAUUCCUCUGUCGUUGAAUCAACUGUGGAUGGUGAAGAGCACCGAGCCUGGAGAGAGACGGGUUUGCUUGUUGUUGUAUUUAUAACAAUAUUUAGAACCAAACAAGUUACUUUUGUAUGAAAAUAACUUGAUAUUGAUUAUAUUAACAUGACUGAGCCCUGUAGGAUUUUGUGUAUACUUAGUUGAAAACAUAUUUAUCCUCAAACCCAGCCAGUUUGUAACGUAAAAGCUGGAUUAGACCAUCAUCGCUUUCUGUAGUCGUGAUUGGACUAUCAGUGUAAAACUACUGAAUCACUUGAGCCAAGUGCAGUUAACUGUCAUCUGAUGGCUUUAUGGCUUCAAUAAUUCAAGAUUAGAAAUUAAAGAUUUAUUAGUAAAACAACACCAACGACAACUCAUACUGCUGCCAUGAAGGCCCAGUCACAACAGCACUUCACAACAAAAUCAAGUCAGAUCUCCAAAUAAAUAGAUUCCUUAUAAUUUUUCUUACAUCGAUUUUUCUUUAUUAUUCCAACAUGAAGGACGCAAUUUGUAACCUAUUAACUCACCUUUUGUUUGGCAGUUAUCAAGCUUCUCAAAAGUGUGCACUGUUGUCUUACGAUAAAUCCUGUAAAACCGAAAAAACUAAAAAAAUCUGUUCGCUGAAAAAUAAAAUUUGUCUUUGUAUAUUUGACAGAGAUUUUAGGAAAACAAUGACAUCGGUUUAUGUUGUGCUUGAGGAAUGUGAUUAAAGAUAUUUCUAGAAACUACAACAAUGAUUGUUAUUUUACCAUGUUUUAUCUUAUGUUAGCACUGCUCUCUUCAAGCUUCCAAUAAAAUUCAGUCAAGCGCUUAAGAUGCACCAAUCAGGCCUUGACUGGCCAAUGCCAAUUCCCAGUUUUCGUAGAGUUCUGACCCCACAAUUCCAGUGUUCUUUUUCAGGACUAUAACACAUGUAAAAUAAUUUUAUGUAAACUUUGUUUUAGGUCAACAAUUAUAUGCAACAAACACUAAUUAUAGUUAUGUAGUAAGUAGUAGUUUUGAAUCCAAUGGAAAACUAAACUCAAAACUCAACAUUGAACAUGGUUUGUUGCUGUGCUUGCAAAAAAAAAUUGAAGUUUUAAUUGAAAAGGGGAAAACACAUUUUUUCAGCAUUUGACCCGUCAAGCACUGGUCAAAACUAAUCAAGGCAGAAAUUUGGCUAACUUUGAUCACUGCCAAAUUAAUUGGGGACCAAGUGAAAAAAGCCAGGCCUGUAAUUAGUUCUUGGGAAUUGGAGGAUAUCCAGGCAAGCUCAGAACUGAGCACAAAGGUCGAGUUGGCCCUUCUCUAAUCUCUAACCCGGCUUUGUACCAAUGUAUUUAAACUCAUGUACUUAACAACUAACUGUGGCUAUUUGUUUUAUUUGUAGUUUAAUGAAUUAUGAUGAUACAGAGCCAAAAUUAUACUAAAAACCUCAUGUAUAACUAAUUUCUUUGCACAAUAUGUUGAGAUAAAUUUAAAUUACAGCUUUUUUCUAUUGAUUGUGAUUCUGAUACCUGAUUCUGGCUGUGAUUCUGGCUGUUAUGAAAUAUGAUUUUUAUGAAUUAUAACCCCUGAUUUAACCAAAAUUACUGCAAGCAACAUGUGCUAGAUAUUCAGAACAUCACAUGAAAAACUUUCUUUAUGUUAAACCGAGUAGAUUAUAGAAAAUUACUUUAAAUUGUCAAUGGUCAAAGCAUCUAGGCAUCAACCCAAAGAGGGGUAUGAAGUAACGCAUAGUCAGCGUGAAACAUCCACGUGGAAACGUCUUCUUUUCAUCCACAAAAAUGGUGUAUCAAAAGACCAAAACUGCAAAGUAAAAAAAUUACAAAGGUUCAAAAUGACCUGUAGCAGCGCAUAUUGUUCUUUCUUUGUUUUGACGUUUUUUUAAAUGUAAACAAUACUGGCACCUAUUGGCCCAGUGUGGGAUUUUUUUGAAAAAUGUUAUUUCUUAUUUGGAGUGAGAAUAUUAAAAAAAAUAUUAAAGUUCUUUUUUUUUUUUUUCCAACAUAUCAAAUGAAAUGCCUGUUGUAGCAUAGCUGGAGCCUGACAAUAACAAUUGUCUAACCCACACGGUCAUGACUUCUAAAGCCAACUGUUUCACACUUUCAGUGAUGCUUGUGUGACUGGGCCUUGAAAAUUAACAUUCAGUAUGUAAUCAUUUUACGCUAACUUAAAGCCUUGUACAGUGGAUUCUAGUGAGUGUACAUUUAUGAAACGUAAUAGUGAGAAUGUUUUGAAUUAGACCUCUCAUUAAAAGGAACCAAUAUGUGAAUAAACAUCCCCCGGCAAUGUUUCAAACUUUUCACGAGUAACUUGUGAAGUUGAGAGCUUCUUUUUGCAGCGCACUGGCAUUGAACAGACCCUCCCGCUCGUGCGCAACGCCACACGCUUCCUGCAAGUUCAGCCGCUCACCUUGAAUGAAGGGAAGGGAGGCAGACAGGUUCUGGGCUGGGGAACAAUGGACACUUCACACUAAGGGCUAAACUGAAUUUAUCUUUGUGUGUCUGUGCUCUAAACAGCAUCUGCUUCUCAUUUUCAUUUCUUGUAUCUGUCAGGAGGCAUGCUUGUGCUUAUUUUCACAGAUUUCUUCACAUGUAGAGAGAAAAGAAACACGCAAGGGAAUUCUGCAAAGAAACCUUUGUGCAAAAAUACAAUUUUGUUGAAUAUUGUUGUGGGGGGUGAAAGCUUUCCAUAAAGAUGUCAUAUUUUUGACUUGUUUGUUUCUCUGCCGAUGAGAUAGACCUUCUGUCUGGGUUUCUUUUUCAUAAUGAAGUUAAACUCUGAUAAAGACUGAUACAGGGUGGUUAUUGAGUGAUGCUUCCUGCCCGCCAUUUGUAGUUUUUUAUUUUUUUUUUAUUUUAUGUACCCAUGUGUUAAUGGUUUGAUGAGAAACCUACCGCCCCAAAUGAGGCAGUGAGCACUCUUAUCAUAAUCUUUUAAUCUAAACAUGUAUUUAUUUUUUUAUAUCAGUGAAUUUUAAUGUAUAUGCCUGAAAUUUAAAUUUUACAACUUUCUAGUGGAGUUUAAGAAAACUGAAAAACAAAAGCAAAACUAUUGUGUUCACGGGAAAAAGAGCUGAUGCAAUCAUGAAGAAAAGACAGACCGCAUGAUGAUAUCAGAAGCCAGUGUUAGAGAUGUCAGUGCUGACUUAUGAUGUCACGGCGUGUAUGUAUCUAAUUGUACAUGCGUCUGUUUAAAACGUAUGUGCCAUUUGUGUUCCAAUCCCUGUCGCCUUUGUUUUAGGAAUGCUGAAUCUCAUUUAGACUAAAAUAAAUCACGAAAACGAUACUUUGACCCAAACUGCAAUUGUCGUUCAUAUCAACCUACUAGUGCUUUUUUUGUCUUUCAUUUUUGUCCCUUUUUAUUUCUUUAUUUUUUUAAGAGAGACAGUCUCACGCCACUUCAAUUUGAGCCGUGUUCACCAAAGCAAGGACUUUUUAAACAUUUCAAAAUGUACAUUUUUUAAGACUUAAAUGGUGAGAAGUUUUAGCAGUUACUGGGAACUGUAACAGCUGAGUGCAUUGAUUUAUCACAUGGUUCACGGUUCAAGGUUGACAGAUUCGGUUUUUAAUGCAGCUUCUUCCUUUGUGCUGAUUUUUAACAGAAUUUUAAGGGCCUAGAAGUGCAAAAUGUUGCAGCUGUUGCAGGGGGAAUCAAACAGUCAGUCAGUCAGUCAGUCGGUCAGUCAGUUAAAAUAUUUUUAGGCAACAACCGCUGUCACUGAAAAGAAAAUGUUGUGGCUUGUCUUUUUUGCUUUUAAAGAACUGAGAGGAAAAAAUAAGGAGAUGUUAGAAAUGUCAUAAAAUUUUUUGAUGUCUCACUCAUUUCUCCUCAUACCCUAAUAAGAGGUUGUUUACUGUUGUUGUAAUCCAUGUUGAGUUCAAAAUUUCCCUGAUGAAGGUGUGUGCCUGUAUUUAUGUGUGCGUUUGUUACCCACAGGGGGGAAGGCAUGGGCAUAUUUGUAUUCUCUAAGCUACUCUGCAUACCUCAAACUGUAUGAUAAAUUAUUUAUAACAUUCCCUUAUAUGUCUAAUUCCAAGAAUAUCCCAACAAAGGUCUCACAGAUGUGCAACCCUUUUGUUAUUGGUGAUGAAUUCUUGCGUUUGUAGAAAUCAUACUGUUUAAAUGAUAAUAAAAAAAUGUAUCCAACUAAA